AACACACCAGGGGAAUGUUGACGGUGUAACACCAGACGCUGCUCGCUUCUUGUCUUCACUGUGAAUUUUCCUCUUUUUUGUUUUAGCGUCGUUUUCUGUUAAAUUCUUCACAUACUAUCCGUUGUAAAUGAGUUGCGGGGCAGACAGCGACGAUGACAGCUGCCGUAAACGGAGGGUCUCGUACGUGUACAGCCCGGAGUACAUCGAAACUUGCGACAGUUUAUCCAAAGUGCCAAACCGGGCAAGUAUGGUGCACUCACUGAUAGAAGCCUAUGGACUCCUUGAACACAUGAGCACCGUUAAACCAAAACUGGCCACCAUAGAAGAAAUGGCUAAAUUCCACACAGACUCUUACCUGGAGCAUCUUCACAAGAUCAGCCAGGACGGAGACAACGACGACCCCCAGUCGUCCGACUACGGCCUGGGUUACGACUGCCCGGUGGUGGAGGGGAUCUAUGACUAUGCAGCAGCAGUAGGGGGCGCCACACUCACAGGAGCCCAGUGUUUGAACGAGCAGAAGUGUGACGUGUCGAUUAACUGGGCUGGAGGAUGGCACCAUGCCAAGAAGGAUGAGGCGUCAGGUUUCUGUUAUGUGAACGAUGCCGUGUUGGGAAUCCUCAGACUGAGGGAGAAGUACGAGCGAGUCCUCUACGUGGACGUCGACCUGCAUCACGGAGACGGUGUAGAAGACGCUUUCAGCUUCACAUCCAAAGUCAUGACCGUCUCUCUGCACAAGUUCUCUCCUGGAUUCUUCCCAGGCACAGGCGACCUGAGCGACACGGGGCUGGGGAAAGGCAGGUGGUACGCCGUGAACGUCCCGAUGGAGGACGGCAUCAAGGACGACCGAUACUUCCAGAUUUUCACCAGCGUGUUGCAGGAAGUGCGGGCGCAGUUCAACCCGGAGGCGAUCGUGAUGCAGCUGGGCGCCGACACCAUGGCGGGCGACCCCAUGUGCUCCUUCAACAUGACCCCUGUGGGGGUGGGCAAGUGUCUGCAGUACGUCUUAGGCUGGCAGCUACCCACGCUGCUGCUGGGAGGAGGGGGCUACAACCUGGCUAACACGGCUCGCUGUUGGACCUACCUGACCGCCGUGGUGCUGGGAAAGACUCUGUCCUCGGAGAUACCAGACCACGAGUUUUUUACAGAAUAUGGACCUGACUACUCGCUGGAGAUCAGCCCAAGCUGUAGACCCGACCGCAACGACUCUAAACACCUGGACCAGGUCAUCAGCACCAUCAAAGGGAAUUUAAAGAAUGUGAUUUAAGACUCAGCAGCCUCAGCCUCCUCCUCACACACACACACACACACACACACAUAGAGUUUCCAAACCAGGUCGAGGCUCUGCGGCUUUAAUGAAGACAAUAUGGAGCGGACCCCUUCGGCCCCGAGGCACCGAGCGAACGAGGGAGGGAACGAGAGAGCAAGGGAAGGUUUUGGAAAACAUUAGCCGAGUGUUUCCAGGGGAAAACAGUUUAAUAAGGGGGGGGCGGGGGAAGGGGGGGGGGUGAUGUGGUCGCUGUACAGUUCACUGUUUUUAAUCCUUUUGUUUUUAAAGAGAUCCUUUUUUUUUUGUUUAAGAGAAAUGUUCGUCUGCUCUUCCAAUGAGAGAGUUUGUUGUGAGUUCAAUGUGGCUUCGUAAAGUUUCUGAAAAGAUGCAUUUGUGUCCGGUCGAUUCGUCUGAGACAUUUUUAUAAACGUUAAAACAGAUUUUUUCAGGUGUCUGGUUUCACGUUCAAACCCCGGUGCCGCUGUGAUUUUAUCUCCCUCGGGGGGUCGGAUAAGCUCCGAAACAGACAAGUUUUUCCUCCCAAACACCUCCUUUUCAUUUAAACUUUGUGUCCAGACGUUCCAGAAGUACGAUGAAAAUGAAUGCACAGAAACAUUUGGAAGUUUACAAACAAAUAUACAGAUGUUUUGAUCUCCGGGCAACAUCUGCAAAUGAAACAUCUGGAUGGAGUUUUUGGAUUUACAAACGGAAAACAUGCAGGGAAAGUUUUUUCUGCCCCCCCCCCCCCCCCCCCAUUGACAAGGCAUUAACAUGAACUCUUAAGGAGGUUUACAUAAAAAGUCCCCAAGUGGUCUGGCACAACUCAAGACCAACAACAACAAAAAUCAAUUCAUUUAAUGACAUUAAACAAACAUGGACGCCGUUCAAGGACUGAAAGAUCCAGGUUUUCUCUCAAGGACUAAAUCCCUGAAAAAAGUUCGAUGUCAUUUUCUUACAAACAUCUUCAGCUAGUUUUGUGCAUCUGGGAAAAAUGUCUACAAACACAACAACUUAGUUCCAUUCUUUAUUUCAGGACGUUUAAAUGCCCCCAAAAAACCUUAAAUCGUCACGAAGCAUACUUGAUUAUUUGCACAUCUUGAAGUUUUGAAAAUGGAAACGAUCCCCCCUCCAGAUGUAGUUAUUGUCACAUUAAAACAUCAAUUCAGGGACCAAACAUCUUCAGAUCCUCCUCAUAAAACUGAGGCACAUGUUGGGUGAUCUGGACACGAUGGAAACACAAAGGAGUGCUAAAUGUUAGCAGCAUCACACACACGUCCGACAAAUCCACUUUUUUUUUAAAUUGCGACUUAAAUAUCUGAAAGAUUGCAUUAAUCACUCCAAGUGUUUGAGGCCCCGUGUUCCCCCUGUUUCUGAGCGCCAGCGUUUUUUUUUUUUUUGCAGUUGUUUUCGAUGAGUAGAGAGCGUUAGCAGCAGCUAGCGGCCGCCUGGAGAUAAAGCACAGCGCCCCACCCCCACCCACCCCCCAAUUCCCAACAUAUGCAUGUGAAAAAUGUCUGAACUCUUGAAAUGAACCGCCAACAAACAUGGCAUGUUGUGCAGGAAUAUUCAAGCAUCGUCUGCGAAACAUGUUCAACAAGUCAAAGAAAGUACUGUAAACACUUUUAUUUCUGUCAUCUGUUUUCACAGAAUCUUUUUUUUUUUUUUUUUUUUUUUUUUUUUACUGUUUGCGUGUUUUGAUGUACAUACCAGGGGGCGUUUUCUGAAAUAAAAGACAGGAGGGCA